AGAGGAACUUUGUGUCUCUCAUUUCCCUGACACUGAUGUGCUUAACUCAAGAUAUUUCAGUCAAUUCUCAACAGGCUGUAUAGAAACAGCGGGUGGAAAAACAACAGCUGCCAUUUUGAAUCUCCAACCAUGUGGCUCGAUGAUGUUUUCCUGAGUUUGGACGUCAGGGGGAUACUUUUGUUUAUGUUUUCCUUCCUUUUGAUAGCCGACUUCAUUAGGAACCGGAAACCAGCAAGCUUUCCUCCAGGACCGAAGGCUCUCCCCUUUGUGGGGAACAUCUUAAGUUUGGACACCAAACAUCCUCACGUUUAUUUCAGCAAGUUGGCUGACAUCUACGGAAACGUCUUCAGCUUGCGCCUUGGCAGGCAGUCUGUGGUGUUUGUGAGCGGCCACAAGAUGGUGAAAGAGGCCAUCGUGGGACAAGCUGAGAACUUUGUGGAUCGGCCAUUAAAUGCAGUCUUAGAGAGGUUUUACACUGAGCCCUCAGGUGGUCUUUUUGCAAGCAAUGGAGAGAUAUGGAAGAAACAGAGACGUUUUGCUUUAUCUACUUUACGCACCUUUGGUCUGGGCAAAAACACCCUGGAGCUCAGCAUCUGUGAGGAGGUCCGACACCUGCAGGAGGAAAUGGAGAGUGAGAAAGGUAAACCCUUCAGCCCAGCAGGCCUCUUUAACAAUGCCGUCUCCAACAUUGUUUGCAACCUUGUUAUGGGAAAAAGAUUUGACUACAAUGACCACAUGUUUCAGACGAUGCUGAAGUGCAUGUCUGAAGGUGUUAGGCUUGAAGGAAGCAUAUGGGGUCAGCUUUAUGACGCAUUUCCUCAAGUGAUGAAAUAUCUGCCAGGUCCUCACAACAAAAUCUUUAGCAGUUAUAACUCAGUAAGAGAGCUCCUUCUUGAGGAAAUCCAAAAGCACAAGAAGGAUCUGGAUCCCAGCAACCCCAGAGACUACAUCGACACUUUCCUCAUUGAAAUGGAGAACCACAAAGACUCUAACCUGGGCUUCACAGAGAGCAACCUGGCUUUCUGCUCUUUCGACCUCUUGGUGGCAGGAACAGAAACAACAGCGACCACAUUGCUUUGGGCUUUGCUUUACCUAACAAAAUACCCUGAAGUUCAAGAGAAAGUCCAGGCAGAGAUUGAUAGAGUGAUCGGACAGAGUCGCCAGCCCUCCAUGGCCGACAGACAGAACCUGCCGUACACUGAUGCUGUGAUCCAUGAGAUCCAGAGGAUGGGGAACAUUGUUCCACUGAACGGAUUCAGGGUCGCUUCCAAGGAUACAACUCUGGGUGGUUACUUCAUACCAAAGGGCACACCUUUAAUGCCCAUGUUGACAUCCGUCCUGUUUGACAAAUCUGAAUGGGAAACUCCAGACACCUUCAAUCCCGGACAUUUCCUGGAUGCCAAUGGGAAGUUUGUGAAGAGAGAAGCAUUCCUACCGUUCUCUGCAGGGAAACGUGUGUGUCUUGGUGAAGGCCUCGCUAAGAUGGAGCUGUUCCUGUUCUUUGUUGGCUUACUGCAGAAGUUCACUUUCUCUGUUCCUGACGGAGUUGAAUUGAGCACUGAAGGAAUCACUGGGACGACACGAGUGCCUCAUCCCUACAAGGUGUCUGCUAAGGCUCGCUGAGCUGAGGACUUUUUACCAGACUUGUUUCUGCUCAUCAGAAAACUGACCAUAAUGAUUUUGGCAUAGCUGCUUGUUAAAAAAGCAUGUUGAGUGAAUUAAUCACCAUUAAAGGCAUUAUACUUUGCCCUGACUCCUAAUAGGACCGAGCAAGAAUUUGUCUUAAACAGUAUCUCCCAAAAAACUAAAUCUGAAAAUGAAAAUAUUGUUUGCGAAAUGUUUGCAUCCUCCAUUUUAUUGAACAGAGUAAAAAGAACAUACCAAAUACAGAAAUGUGUAUAUUUAUACACAGGCUGAAUGGAUAAACUGUACUGUUGAGGAAUUAUUUCAUAACAACUUUGUUUUGGCUUAAUUAAGAGAGCACAAUAAAUCACUACAAUUAUGAUGCUGUAAUAGAACAUUUCGGUUUUUAUGGAUGGAACUGAUACUUUUUACCAUUUAUUUACUGAUUAUAUCUGCUGUGUUUUUGUAUUUCUUCAAGAUAUGUUUUUCCAUUAAAGAAGUUUCAAGAUAAUGUUUAGAUGUUUCCACAGCUUUGAUAGAGACCUGAAGACAUCUUGGGUAUAAUGCCAAGCCUGGCAAUUGUCUUAAAGAACUGACAUGUGUGGAAUGUAGUUUGUACCCUUGUUAGACUCUGCACCCAUGACUGACAAAGAAGAAUUAGAAGUUUCUGCUGAAAUCCUUAUCGACUCUCUUUCCUGCCACAAAAUCGUCCCCUCCAAGAGGUGAGGGAUAGUUCAUGAGGUGGGGGUGGGGGUUGUCUCUGUGGUCCAUCUGGCAAUAGAGCUCAGACUUUGGGUGGGUCUUUUCCUUGCUGUGACUAUGUAACGAUGUGAUGUGACUGCGCUCAGGGCUCUUCUCCUGACUGCGUUCAGUGAGACGGGUCCUCGAAUGCUUUUGCCUUCGAAUAAAGAAACUUAAAGACAAAGAUUAA